AUUACGCAAUGCUUAUGCAGUAAUAGUCAGCAAGCUGCCAAUACCCAUUGACUCAUGAGCCUUUCAGUUAGUGUGUGCAGUGCAUGACCGCCACUUCACACUGAUUCUGCCUCGAUUGGGAGGACGAGACGUUUCAGAAUGUUCUUGGUGAACCUGCUCGGGUUUUAUCUGAUACUUUUUGAGGGCUGGAGUGGAUUCUGCUCAGAAACAGUUUGGCAGCCGCCGAGGCCGAGCAUCAGUCAUCUGCAGGCUAUCAGUGACAGGCAAACCCUCAUGGUGAGCUGGCUGGUAAGCCUCAGUGGCUUAGUGGGCGACGUUUAUGAGAUCCAGAUCGGCCGCGCUGAAAACCACACCGUUAUUUACAACAGAAAUGUGAGUUUACUUUCCUUGGAUUCAGACGAAUACACGUGGGCGUGGACCUCCGAUCUGCCUCUGGAGUGUGUCGAUCACUCAGUCAGGAUACGACGUCUCUAUAACAAGUCUGUCCCAAGUCCGUGGAGCAGCUGGAGGACCAACGACGGAGUCCAGGUAGAGGAUAAGACCCAGAUGUUCCCGUCCCAGAGGGUGCUGAUAGAGGGCACCAGUGCCAUGUUCUGCUGUGUUCCCCCAAGAGGACUCGAUAUUACCGACAUUACCUUCGAUAACAAGCAGCACACUCCUAUCAGUGUGGGAGCCGGGGUCAAGGCUAUCAUGGUGGUCAACCUGACCAUCCCAAACAGACCCAUCAAAGGUCUGACGCUCAGCUGCAGAGAUUCAACGGGCAAGAAGAGUCGUAUGUGGAACUACGUCAGCUUUCCUCCUCAGAAGCCGAAAGACCUCAGCUGUGUGACCACAGACAUGACCGCUGUUCACUGUACCUGGGAUUCAGGCCGAGAACAACACCUGUACGAACUCAACAAGCAAACAAUCACCCUCCACAUAGAGAACUCAGACCGGGCACCCAUCAACUGCAAGCCAUCGUCUUGUAUUUUCCCAGCCGUCCCACAGUUGGAGGAAUACAACAUCAGGGUGAUGGUGAAGGACCCGCUGGGAGAGGAAACAGAGAGCCACAGCUUCAACAUUUCUGACAGAGUGCGUCCCGUUGUGGAGUGGGACGGAGUGAGCCUCGGGGUGACGGACACCACUGUGUCCUGGAUCGUACAGGGGAAGCUGACCCGUCCGAACCUCCUCUGUCAGCUCACAACAGAUCCGGGCAGCACCACCGAGCUGAGCUGCAACAGUGUGAGAGGGUCCUGCACAGCCAAACUGGAACCUCUGCUUCCCAGCACACGCUACUCCACCAGGGUACGCUGCUCUGUCAAUGGCAGGCUCUGGGGAGAGUGGACACAGCCAAUAGCCUUCACAACCUGUCCACUGGUGACCUUGGAUUUAUGGAGGAAAAUAAAGCAGCAGUCAGACCCGAACAGCCGACAAGUUUCUCUAUUUUGGACUCCACAUGUCUCUGGCCCAGCUGCCACUGCGAACAUCCAAGGUUAUUUGGUUCAGUGGUCGCAGGACGGUCAAAACUGGACGGAGUGCAAGGACGGUGGACAGACCCAGGCAGAGGUCUCCAUCGGUCCAGGACAGUGCGACUUCAGCGUCCAGGCUGUUCUCCGCACCAGCUGCACCGUCACCUACACUGCCCACAUCACCAUCCCGCAGAGAGAUGACAGAGGAAUCCGCCCAGUGGAGAAGAGGUUCAGCAGCGGCACAGCUUCUGGUUUUAACCUGUCCUGGGACGAGCAGGACAGUGCCGUCUGUGGCUAUACUGUGGAGUGGUGCAUUCUGGGAAACGCAGUGCCUUGUACCCUCAGGUGGAUGAAGGUGCCUGAAGGGAGAAACACAUUGUUCCUACCUGCUAGAGAUUUCAAAGCAGGCUGUAGGUACACGUUUAAUAUUUAUGAGUGCACAGAAAAUGGACACAGGCUGCUGGAGACACAGACUGGAUAUUCACAAGAGCUCAAAUUUGUACAGUCCCCGAGUCUGGUUGAGCCUGUACAGAGUACUUCCUCAUCUGUGACACUGGAGUGGCGGUAUGAUGUGGAUGAUCCGGCCCAUCCAGCGUUCAUCACUGGAUAUCUGGUUACAGUGCAGGAAGUAGCACCUGAUACACCGCUGGGUCAUGUUGCAUAUCUGUUUAACGUGACGGUGGCAGAGCCUCAGAGGAAGUCUGUGACCAUCGAUGGUCUGCAGCAGAACCACGAGUACGCUUUCUCUGUGAGCGCUCUCACUAAGGAGGGGCCCGGACAACCUGCAAGUAUCACCAUCAGGACCGGAACCAACUUGCACAGGCCCUGGACUCACUUAGACUCUGCUCACUUGGCCAAGAUACUGACUCCGAUCUUGCUGCUGCUGUGCUGCACCAUUCUCCUGUGGCCACAGAGAAAAACGCUCAAGUGGCUGAAGGGAAUAUUUGUUUAUCCUGCUGGUAUGAACAUCAAAAUUCCUGAGUUAGACAGCUUCCUGCAUGAGACGGUCGAGUGGCUGCAGCCUCAGAGGGUGGAUGAGUGCAGCAGCUGCAACAUUGAGAUCCUGUACACCAGGCCUCCUCUGAAUGAACCGACCACACUGAGCGACGCCGGGCCCCAGAGCACGCCGCCCUCUCCCGGUACACACUCCUGCCCGCCGCUGCAAGCUGAAUACUGUCCACAGUCGGUCACAGUGCUGCUCAGGGACAGAGAAGCCCUUCUGUGCGUCACAAACAAGGCUUAUUUUCAUACGGUGGAGGAGGAUUUGUCUGAGGCACAAGUCAGGCUAAGUGAAACCUGUGAACCCUCUGAGAGUCUGCAGGGGUCAUGCAGUGUUGAAUACGAUUACAUCUCCAAUGGUACUGGAGUGAGUGUGGUUGAGUAUGAAGACCAAUGCGUUCCUGCAUAAUUUCUCCAUCUCAAGAGGAUAAACACAGUAAAAUCAUUAUAACAUUUUAACCCACUGCAUGUGGCUUGACCGGAAAACAAAUCACAGGGUUCUGCCUGUUGAGCACAAGACAGGUGAUCUUAAGAGUCUUUUAAACUACUCGGGUUUUAUCUCUGGAGGAACAGAGACCGAAAACAAUCCGGUGAAAGCAGGCCUGAAAACACACUCGCUGCAAACUGUGCUGCAGCCGCAGAUGUUAUCUACAGGAUGCAACGGGUAGUGCCAAUCAGGAAGCUGAGCAUGUGCAUCUUUACUUAACAUUUUCAUUUUUGUAUCAUUUGUAUAGUGUUGUCAAAACAGUAUUCUGAAAUUCAAAGCUUGUACUGAAUGAGGUAGAAGGAGCUAUACCAUCCAUGAAUUACAUCAUGAUUGGGGGGAAAAGAAAUCAGCUUCGGCGAGUUUAACAUUCAUCAACAUUCCUUUGGUGUAACUGGAAUUUCCUGGAAUUUAUCUUGCACGCUACUGCUUUGUGCGUCUCCAGGUGCAAAAAUAAAGUCUUAGUCAUUUCGAAGGCAUCUUGUCAGCUGGGUAAUUGUUGAGGCUUGAUCAAACGCACAGAACCUGUUUAUAGCAUUAAAUCUGUUACCUUAACAACUGUGUUACUGUAAUUGUGUCAAAGAACAAAGCACAUGUGUGGGAAGUUAGAAUAAAGUAUUGCUAUGAUCUUA